AAAGCUGGUGUGAGAGAGAGAAGUUGGGAGAAGGAGCAAUGGCACAUCCCAUGCGUGACUACAUUCGGAGAGAUCGACGGCGUUCGAGGAAACGUGAUCGUGAUUCAUGAAUGUUUCGCCGAAGCGUAGCCGCCGGUAGUACACACGCUCGGCCCGUCCAAGUCGCCCAAGCUGUAAAACUGCAAUCGACGUAAUCGGGCAUCAUGCCUUCAGCUGGCCGCGUCCAUACCAAAACCGCCAAAACAACGAAAUCUUCGUUUCGCUCUGAGCUACGAAACCUGUUGGCUACUGCCGUGAGGCUCAACGUACCGCCUAGCGCCGUCGACGAAUGUCUCCGAGAGCUGUUCUUGAAACGACCGUCAACAACAUGCGCGAGCACUUCGGCAACAAGUGUCUCCGCGCGCGUCACAAACAUCCUCGUGUGGUGCACAGUUCUCGUACUAUCCCUUAGACUGGUCCUUCUCAUUGGCUUCGACGACAUGACUAUAUACCAAUUAUACGACAGGCUCACGUACCCAGCGCUUCGAACUGCUCGGUUACUCGCCUUGCCAUUGCUGAACCAGUUUCCAUCGCUGGCACAAUACCAUGGUAGAAAAUGUCUGGUUCAAAAUCCAUUCUUCAAUCCAAUGAACGAAUCGGAAUGCUGGCCUUGCGAGAAUUUCAAGUCGAUUGUCGACUUGACCGGUCAUUCCGACACUGCCGAAGACUACGUUUGGAGCCUUAUGCCCUUCGUCGUAAAGGAUGCCCUGAAGGUCAACGUCAGUGGGGAGCACGUGCACCAAUUUUUAAAGGCCCAUCUUGAACUAACGAGUGAUACAUCUGCCGAGUUCUAUUCGACUCUUCGUGGUAUAAGGGAGCCCCGCCAUUUGCUGGAGUUGCAGGAAUGGCAAAAGGUGGACGACCAAUAUUUUCAUAUCUCAUGGGCGCUGGCAUCACCUCCGGCAGCACGCAUUCUCAGGAAGGUCUUUAACAGGCCCUACUUCGUGCAAAACGUCUCCGAGGUCUCCCUGCAGAGGUUCCUGUUGUUCGACGGUCCUGACGCACCAAGUUACUAUCUGCCUGAAACAGACUUCUCAAGUUCCUGGCUCGUGCAAGUAGAGGGCAGCCGGCUUGUGGUGCUUGAACCGUCGGAACUUUGCAUCCGUAGCUGUCGUCAGGUGUCGGUGCUUUUGAAGCCCAACGAUGUGUUGCAUUUCAGCAGUACGAUCUCCAAGGCAAGGUCGGUGCCCGCUCACAUUGGAGAUGAGCCAAGCAUCACCUAUCUAGGCUCUUUCUACUGAAGCCAAUUCUGUAUUUCUCUCGUUCCUUGCAAACGGUAUGACACUCAAAGUGCUCAGGUUGACUAUAGUCGGUUAAAACCUAGGAAAAAAUGUCAGCUCUGCACACAGCCAUAGCUGUCCCUCCCGCAUAGAAUUUCCAGAAAUGCUUCAUCCAAUGGUGCUCACUCAGUUUUGCGACGUCAAGCACAUCUGAUAGUUGACUUUCCCAUACAGAGACAUGUUUGUGUAGCUGGUGUUAGGUUGGAAACUUGAACGUCCUGGUAAAUUUUGUCAGGUAUUCCAACAUCACUGCUCGGCAAAACAUAAUGUUUUAGGUAAUAAUGACAAACCUUCAACUCUUCAUAUGCGUAGUGUUUAUGUUAGCCGAGAAAAAAAUACGGUUCGAGCAGGCACCAGCUAGCACGACUGUCUUUCACAGGUGGAGAACAGGCACGCCACAGUUCUGUGGGCAGAGCUUACAUUUUUUUCUUACAUUGUAACCGACUAAAGGUCACAGAAUGCAGAUCUGUUGACCUGCUGUGCAGAUUUUAGCAUUGUUUAAUGUAGAAUGGUUCCUUCAGAAUAGCAUUUACUUUACCUUUUCAACAGUACAACACUUUUUAGUUGUGCGUUCAGGUGCACCAAUGUACGGUGUUGCACAUUGCAUUACCAUACAUGCCAGCUGCCAGCCGUUGCGCUGCUGUACAAUGAGGGUGCAGGUUUGAUUCCCAGCCCCGGCGGUGACAUUUAGAUGGAGCGAAAAUGCAAAGAACACCCGUGUACUUAGAUUUAGUUGCACGUUAAAGAAACCUAUGUGGUCUGAAUUAUAUGCAGUCCCCUUAUACAGCAAGCCUCAUAAAUCACAUUGUGGUUUUGUCAUGGGAAACCCCAGGUUAAUUUUUUUUUUACCAGCCACACCUGCCAAAUAACUGGCAAAUAUCAAAAUUUGCAAAGUCCUCUGCACACGACAAUGAUGAGGGUAGGGGUGGCUGUGCAUUUCUUUUUACCUUUACAAACAAAACACAAAUAGCACUAAACUUGGCACAGCAAAUAUUGGCGAGCAACACACCAUUUUGAGAUUACAGUGAAUUUCUGACCGACUCUGGCAUAGUCAAUUUCACCAGCGUCAAGAACUUGUCCACGUAAACUUGUGUGAGGAAAGUGCCCCUUUCGCACUGUUUUACCAUUGGAAAACAUCCACUGAAAAGUUUGGGGACAGACAAGCAAAACUGUUGUGAAUAGAAGCUAUUUUUGGUAAUACAUGGCACAACAUUCAUAAAAAUGGUAAAGCAUGGCGAAAUCCUUUAGGUUAUGGAGAAUUCAGAAGAAUCGGCAGGCAUGGUGUAACUCUGUGGUGUUCUGGCAGGUUGGGCACUCCAUUUUUAAUUA